AUGAGCUGGGCGCGGGCCGCGGGCCGGGCGCUGGCCGCGCUGCUGCUGGCCGCGUCCGCGCUGAGCGCCGCGCUGCUGGCCUCCGGCGACGCCCUGGAGCGCGGCCCGCGAGGUUUAGACAGAAAAAAGCAUGUAGAGCUGAAGAUGGACCAGGCUUUGCUGCUCAUCCAAAAUGAACUACUUGGGACAAACUUGACAGUCUACUGGAAUUCUGAACGCUGCUAUCGUUGCUUGCCCCAGGUCCUGGGCAGUGUUUCUGGGCCUGGAAAACCCGGGAAGCCCAGCGUGGCCCCCGUGGCUGUGAGCACCCAGCACUCAUCCAUCCUGCAACUCAACGACACUCUGGACGAGAGAGAAGUUUGUAGGCUGACGUACAAAUUUGGUGAAUUUGGAAACUAUUCUCUCUUGGUCAAGCCUGUGCAUAAUGGAGUCAAUGAAACUGCUUGUGAAUUAGUCGUUAAUAAGAAUCCAGUCGACAGCAACCUUCCUGUGUAUAUUGCGCUCCUUGUUGGUCUAGCGGUCAUCAUUGCUGUGUGCUUUCUAAGGUUCUUGUUGAGUUUGGAUGACUUCAAUAAUUGGAUUUCUAAAGCAAUAAAUUCUCGGGAAACCGACCGCCUCAUCAACUCCGAGCUGGGCUCUCCAAGCAGGGCAGGCCUGUCCGGUGACGAUGCCCAACCGGAAGCGUGGCGUCCGUCCGUCGUGCCUCUGCGCCUCCGCUGCGUGGACACGUUCAGGGGGCUAGCACUCAUCCUCAUGGUCUUCGUUAAUUACGGAGGAGGGAAGUACUGGUACUUCAAACAUGCCAGUUGGAAUGGGCUGACCGUGGCUGACCUCGUGUUCCCAUGGUUUGUGUUUAUUAUGGGGUCUUCUAUUUUUCUAUCAAUGAAUUCCAUACUGCAGCGGGGAUGUUCAAAAUUCAGACUACUGAGGAAAAUUGCCUGGAGGAGUUUCCUGUUAAUCUGCAUAGGAAUUAUCAUUGUGAACCCCAAUUAUUGCCUUGGUCCAUUGUCCUGGGAUAAGGUGCGGAUCCCCGGCGUGCUGCAGCGGCUGGGGGCGACCUACUUCGUGGUGGCCGUGCUGGAGCUCCUGUUUGCCAAGCCGGUGCCUGAGAGCUGUGUCUCGGAGAGAAGGUGCCCUUCUCUUCAGGACAUCACGUCCAGCUGGCCCCAGUGGCUUGUCAUCCUGGUGCUGGAGAGCAUUUGGCUGGCUCUGACGUUCUUCUUACCUGUUCCCGGAUGCCCCACCGGCUACCUCGGGCCUGGGGGUAUCGGAGACCUGGGGGCGUACCCGAAUUGCACCGGAGGAGCUGCUGGCUACAUUGACCGCUUGCUCCUGGGACACGAUCACAUUUAUCAGCAUCCUUCCUCUACUGUGCUUUAUCACACCACGACGGCCUAUGACCCCGAGAGCAUCCUGGGCACCAUCAACUCCAUCGUGAUGGCAUUUUUGGGAGUUCAGGCAGGAAAAAUACUCCUGUAUUACAAAGAUCAGACCAAGGACAUCCUGAUCAGAUUCACGGCCUGGUGUUGUUUUCUAGGGCUGAUCUCUGUCGUUUUGACGAAGGUUUCUGAAAACGAGGGCUUUGUUCCGGUGAACAAGAACCUCUGGUCCAUUUCGUACGUCACCACGCUGAGCUCCUUCGCCUUCUUCAUCCUGCUCGUCCUGUACCCCAUCGUGGAUGUGAAGGGACUGUGGACAGGAUCCCCGUUCCACUACCCGGGAAUGAACUCCAUCCUGGUGUACGUGGGCCACGAGGUGUUCAAGAACUACUUCCCCUUCCAGUGGCGGCUGCAGGACAACCAGUCGCACAAGGAGCACCUCGUCCAGAACCUCGUCGCCACCGCGCUCUGGGUGCUCAUCGCCUACGUUCUCUACAGAAAGAAGGUUUUCUGGAAAAUCUGA